AUGAGUAGUGCAGAAUUUCUAGCUCAAGAACAAGCAGCUUUUGAUUAUGAAGUCAAAGAAGUUGAAAGAUGGUGGCAAUCCCCUCGUUUCGCUAAAGUAAAGCGACCAUACACCGCCGAACAAAUAGUAUCAAAACGCGGCACCAUAAAACAACAAUACGCCUCCGACACCCAGGCAAAAAAAUUAUGGAAACUCUUUGAGCGUCACCACAAGAACAAAACCGCAUCACAUACUUUUGGCGCGUUAGACCCUGUCCAGGUGGUACAAAUGGCGAAGUAUCUCGAGACUGUUUACGUGUCUGGUUGGCAGUGUUCAUCGACCGCUUCCACGUCUAAUGAACCUGGUCCAGACCUCGCGGACUAUCCGAUGGAUACGGUUCCAAAUAAAGUGGAGCAUUUGUUUAUGGCCCAGCAGUUUCAUGAUCGUAAGCAGCGUGAAGCUAGGUUUAGUGUUGAUAAAGCGACUCGUGCUAAACUUCCAUUUGUUGAUUACCUGAGACCGAUUAUUGCGGACGCGGAUACUGGACAUGGUGGUAUUACCGCUAUUUUGAAGUUGACUAAAAUGUUUGUAGAACGUGGUGCUGCCGGAAUCCAUAUUGAAGAUCAGGCACCAGGUACCAAAAAAUGCGGUCACAUGGCCGGAAAAGUACUAGUUCCAAUCUCGGAACACAUUAAUCGUAUAAUCGCUAUUCGCGUGCAACUUGACAUAAUGGGAGUUGAGAACUUGGUAGUUGCACGAACAGAUUCCGAAGCAGCUACGCUAAUCACUUCAAAUAUCGACUACCGUGAUCACUCAUUCAUUAUCGGUGCAACAAACCCCAACCUUCGUUCAUUAGUAGAAGUAUUGGAUAAGGCACAAGCAGAAGGAAAGUAUGGCUCGGAACUAGAAGCGAUUGAAAAUAAAUGGAUGCAAGAUGCCGGACUGAAACUCUAUAGUGACGCAAUUGCUGAUCUAAUAAAGGCAUCGAAUACACCUAAUAAGAAUGAUCUUUUGAGACAAUGGAAUGAAAAAGUUUUUGAGGUAUCGCACGAUGAAGCCGAAGCGUUUGCUAAGUCUCUUGGAUUUGAGACCUUUUGGGAUUGGAAUUUACCGCGUACUCGUGAGGGUUACUAUCGUUAUCAGGGCGGUACCAAAUGUAGUAUUAAGCGUUGUGUUGCUUUUGCACCAUAUUGCGAUUUGUUGUGGAUGGAAACAAAGAGUCCAAUCUACGCUCAGGCUAAAGAAUUUGCAGAGGGUGUAUUAAGCAAGCAUCCUGACGCAUGGUUGGCGUACAACUUGUCGCCUAGUUUCAAUUGGGAUGCAGCUGGCUUGAAAGAUCAACAAAUGCGCAGUUUUGUCGAUGAUUUGGGUAAACUCGGCUUCCUAUGGCAAUUCAUCACGCUUGGUGGUCUUCAUGCUAAUGCCUUGGACGUAUUUGCGCGUAACUUUGCAAAAGAUGGUAUGUUAGCGUAUGUAAGCCGCGUUCAACGUCAAGAACGUGAAAAUGGCGUCGAAGUGUUGCAUCAUCAAACUUGGUCCGGCGCCAAUUACUAUGACUCCUUAAUCAAACUUGUACAAGGUGGAAUUGCCUCGACAGCUGCGAUGGGUAAAGGAGUAACGGAAGAUCAGUUCAAAAAUUGA